UUACAUCAUGGUGUAUAGUGUAUUCCAUCUAGAUAUUUGUUAGUUCAUGUCGUGCAAUGUGCAAGUUUUGUAGAGUAAAAGAAAUUUUAUUCAUAAUAUAAUAUAUAUUACUGUUAAUUCGAUCUGAUUUACUUUGCACAACAUAAUGGCAGAGAAGGAAAAUCCGUUAUAUAAGUUUGCGACUGCUGUAUAUUACAUUAUAGAUGCUCCGGUUACAUAUGUCCGAGAAAAAUUCGUAGUGCCGAAUCAAAAGAAAUACCCGUGGUAUCAUCAAAAAUAUCGUCGCGUGCCCACAAUCGACGAAUGUUAUACCGAUGAUGUAGUCUGUUACACCGAGGCAAAUUGUCAAUUUAUGCGUGACAAAUCGGUAGAAGAUGAAAUUUUGUUCAUAUUGAGAAGUCGUUUUGAACAGUGUGUUUAUCACGGUGAUGACGAUUAUUUGUGCGCUGAUCUAAGGAAGACUUAUGAUGAUGCAACAGCUGCUUGGUUUGCAAAGUACGGCGAUAUGGGUAUAGGCUUAAAUGUUAAAAAUGCAUAUAUGAAGCAGAAACACCGUAUGAUUUGGGAACGUCGUCAUGGUCCAGUAGGUAGUGGCAUGAGAGAGCAACCGAAUAAGGCGUAGCAAUUUACACUCGAAUUGUAGAUGAUAAUUUAAUGGCAAACGUAUUCGUACAUUAUGAGUCUAAAUCGCAGGUUUGCAUUAUGUAUAGAUGUACAUUGUGAAUUGAAAAAGUUGGUAUAAUAAAAAUAAUUUAUCAAGA